CAAAUGUAGUGGUUUGAUCAUGGCACAACAACUUUUUAACCAACAUACAAAUAACCCAUAAACUUAUUCCUUUUCAGCUUCAGAACCGUUCUAGGACCCCUUCAUAUCUAAAUUGCAACAUUUCAUUCCAGUCGACAAUUCGUACUCUUGUUUUAUCAACUGUCGAAGUCGAAGCUCCAUCCCACUUCAAUCGCUCGUUUCCGUUACCCCGCGGUCCGACCGGGAUCUCGCACGGUUCAACUCUUCCAACCUUUUGGCUCUUCUGCAAAGAGACAUGAGCUCCGAGGCCGCCGACAUGUUGUCGCCGGCCACGAGAGAGAUACUGGGCAAGGUCCGGCAGAUCGUGCCGCCUAUGCUGGAGAAAUUUCAUAAAGGUCAACUGGGCCGCGUGGCUGUCAUUGGAGGCAGCGAGGACUACACGGGUGCUCCGUACUUCUCGGCCAUGGCGAGCGCGCGGCUGGGCUGCGAUAUGUCCCACGUAAUUUGCACGCCCGCUGCCGCGGCGGUCAUAAAGACCUACAGCCCGAACCUGAUGGUGCACCCGCUGAUGCGGCAAUCGCCCUCCCCACACCACUCCUCCGACUCCUCCCACGCCGUCGCCGACUCGGACCCCGCGCACAUAUCGGGCAAGAUCAUCGACAUGCUCCCCCGGCUACACGUCCUCGUGGUCGGGCCGGGCCUCGGCCGCGACCCGCUCAUGCAGGAGACGUGCGCGCGGGUCCUGGCUGCGGCGCGCGAGCGGAAGAUGCCCGUGGUCAUGGACGCGGAUGCGCUCGCGCUCGUGACCAAGACGCCGGAGCUCGUGCACGGGUGGCGCGAGGUCGUGCUCACGCCGAACGUGGUCGAGUUUGGCCGGCUGUGGAAGGGGCUCAAGAAGGACGGUGACCCCGACGAGGCUGCCAAGGGUGCUGAUUCCACGCGACAGGUCGAGGCCCUGUCCAAGGCGCUGGGUGGCGUGACGAUCGUGCAGAAGGGUGGGAGAGACUAUAUAUCGAAUGGCGAGACGACGUUGACGGUGGAUGUGACGGGUGGCCUCAAGAGGAGCGGAGGCCAAGGAGAUACCCUGACGGGUAGUAUCGCGACGAUGCUGGCGUGGCGAAAGGCUUACCUGGAUGGCAUUUGGGACCACGACGGGAAGCUUGGCGAGGCGGAAACCCUGGGGUUGGCGGCGUUUGGAGGCGCGGUUAUUACGAGGGAAUGCUCACGCCUCGCCUUCGGGAAGAAGGGCAGGAGUUUACAGGCUAGCGACCUUACCGACGAGGUUUAUAUCGCGUUUUUGAACCUGAUCGGUGAAGCGAUCGAGAAGAAAGGUUAGAACGGAUGGUAGCCACAACAUGAACGUAACGACCUACUCCAGGUUGUGACAAAAAAUUACAAAAUGAGCAGGGUCAUCAUACCGAGUACUAGGUAGCCCGUUUUACUUUGCUGUGAACUCUACAUGUUUACUUCCUAUGGCAUACGGUGUUCUUUGGCUGCAUGAGAGUACGAGCUGAUUUAAUAAGGCGCACGAAAGAUCGACAUGUAUAAAGAUAUUAAUCAGCUAGAUCAAUGACUACACAAUUAUGAAUUCAAAUACACUUGCUCUGAA